GCUAGCAGUGGCCAACACUCCUAAAGCCUAAAGUUUUCACCAAAACUCUAAAAGACUUAAAGCUUGAUUUGAUUCAUCGGUUUAUAUUUGCAUGUAAAAACAUCUCAUUUCUACGUGUCACCGACCGGCAAAUCAUGUCAUGACUCAUGAAUACACCAGUGAUUUCUUUGAUUGCAUGAGUUUACAAUCGCGUUUGACUUAACUUAUAAAUAACUCGUAACCCGGAAAAUAUACAUAUUUUUCGGAUUUAAGUAGCUUAUAAGCUCGUCCAAACACUCAUCAGUCAUCACAGUCUAUAGGAGUAAAUAGAACUAGCUAGAGAAUUUGUACAGCAAAAAAUCAUGGAGAACAAGGAAGCCGAAACUGAUGCAUCGCUUCACGAGACAGAAGUAUCUGUACUUAGCCCCUCUACGAGAAAAAUGUUACUCAUAAUAAGCUGCAUAUCCCUCUCCAUAGGAAACUGCGGUGGUCCAUUGAUCAUGCGCCUCUACUUCAUCCACGGUGGCAACAGAAUCUGGCUGUCAAGCUGGCUCAUAACGGCCGGCUGGCCUUUGAUUAUCAUUGUUCUCAUCGCCGCCUUCUACCACCGUCGUGCCACCACGGGUGACUACACUAGCAAGCUCUUCAACAUGAAGCUGCGCUUGAUCCUCGCCUCUGCUGUCGUUGGUGGUCUCACCGGUGUGGAUAACUACCUCUUCUCAUAUGGAAUAGCUAAACUGCCUGUGUCCACAUCAGCCCUAGUUAUUGCAUCUCAGCUUGCAUUUACCGCAGGUUUUGCGUAUUUACUAGUGAAGCAGAAAUUCACUUCAUUUUCGAUUAACGCUGUUGUUCUGCUGACAAUUGGAUCCGGAGUACUAGCCCUGCACACGAGCAGCGACAGGCCGGAAGGAGAGUCGAAAAAAGAGUACAUUCUAGGGUUUGUGCUGACACUCGGAGCUGCGGCGUUGUACGGAUUUAUAUUGCCGGCGAUUGAGCUGAUAUAUCAGAAAGCAAAGCAGGCUGUUGAUUUUCCGCUGGUGAUGGAGAUUCAAAUGGUCAUGGGUUUAUUCGCCACUCUUUUCUGCACUGUGGGGAUGCUCAUCAACAAAGAUUUCCAGGCAAUACCAAGGGAAGCAAGAAACUUUGAUCUAGGGGAAACAAAAUACUAUGUGGUACUGGUCUGCAGCGGAAUAAUAUGGCAGUUCUUCUUUAUAGGAGCCGGAGGAGUUAUUUUCUGCGCUUCGUCUUUGUUAUCGGGCAUCAUAAUAGCGGUUUUACUUCCCGUUAUCGAAGUAUUAGCUGUUAUUUUUUUCAAAGAAAAAUUUCAAGCGGAGAAAGGAGUUGCUCUCGUUCUUUCUCUCUGGGGAUUUGUCUCGUACUUCUACGGCGAAUUCAAACACAGCAAAAAUGCAGAAAAGAAAGCCGAAGCUGAAAUGGAAUUGCAAAUAAAUCGAACUGCGCUUCCGUAAGCUGUGUAUUAUAUAGGAGUAUUAAUUAUGUAGCAGAAACUAAUGAAUAAUACUGUGGUUUGUACUUUGUGGCUUGUGCAAUGUAUUCCUUUCUGCAUUGCAGAAAAUACAUGAGAUACAUUUCAGAUU